UUGCUGCUCAUAAUAACUAAUCAUAUGUUGUAUUGUUGGUUUCCGUGUUCAAUUUUUUGAUUGAUUAAAGAUAUGAUGAAGCAAAAGAUUGUGGUGAAGGUUGAAAUGAGGUGUGAGAAAUGCAGGACCAAGGCACUCAAGGUUGCUGCUAAAAUGAAUGGAGUAAGCUCUAUGGGAUUAGAAGGAGAGGAGAAAGAUAAAGUUGUGGUGAUAGGAGAUGGAAUUGAUUCAGUCAAGUUUGUUAAACGCUUAAGGCGCAAGGUUGGAGGAGUUCAAAUUGUGAGCGUUACCGCAGUGGCUUAAUUAAACACAUCCAUUCAUCUACAGUCAGACAGAGGCAGAGGAAGAAGAAAGAGAUAUAUAUACAUACAUACAUAUAUAUAUAUAUAUAUAUAUAUAGGCUAAUGCUAAAUCUAGUAGUUAUUGUCGUACUUGAAUUUGUUGUGCCAAAAAUUUUCUUUGUAUGAAGCAGAAUCCCCGCAACGUAUCCCUUCUGGAGUGAGUGGCCACCAUCGGUGGCCGGAAUACGGAGAAGGAUGAUGGCCGUGUGGGUUGGUAGGUGGGAGAGAGGGUGUGGGUAGAAAAAAAAAAACUGAAACUAUGUGGUUCAUUUUGCAAUUUAUGAAACAUUCUGCA